CCUCCUUAUCAGGAGUGAAGAGCAGCCCCCCGCAUAGAUGCAUAUCGCUCCAACCGCCCUCAUUCCACACGAAUACCUGUCUUAUAUGAUGUCAAUAACAAGAACCUCAACAACAUCUCAACAACAUCAACGACGUCAAUAAUCCAAGACGACUGUAAACUGGAUGCCCAUCUUCGGAGCUUCAUCUCGCGUCUCGCGACCAAACCAACCGCUCAAGAAGCACUCACAGCAGCUUUCAAAAUGUCUUGGCUCACGCUCACCCCGCUACAGACAACAUGGGCCGUCUUGACGACCCCAGCCCUGUUCCUGCUGAGACUUACUCUGAUCCCCGUGUCCGCCCUGGUCCGGCUGCUCCUCUUCAUCCUGUCGCCCGUCAUAUACAUAGUCCAGUAUUCGCUGGCCCCUUUCUAUUUCGUUCUCCGCUUCCUCCAGGCCCUGCAGCCGCUCUACAUCUUCUUUGGCUGUGCUAUCGUCGUGGGGCUCCUCGCCGGCACGGUGCUACAGUUCACCUCCAGAAUAUUGGUCUCGGUUCUCGGAUGGGAUGACGACAGCGGUACGAUCGCCAAGCCGGCUUCUAAAGUGCGGGUAGGGGUGUGGAAGGGUAAGGAGGAGGAAGAUGAGGAGGAGAGCUCCCCGUCAGACUGGGCGUGGCCGGAGAUGAAGCCCAAGCUCAAGACACGCAGACGGAAGACACCUGGACUGACUGGCCAGACGAUUCUGGAGGAAGAUGACGACUCAUGAUCGUUUCAUAGUCUUAACCUAUCGUACUAUCGCACAAGCAACGCCGUGA